AUGUCGUUCUGGGAUAACAAUAAAGAGACAUUCAAGUCGGCAGGUAAAGCCACGGCGGUAGGGAUUGGUAAAGGAAGCAAGCUUGUUGCCAAGUCAGGUUACAAGACCUACAAAAAUUAUGAUGCCAAACGUAAAGGUCAAACUCCUAGUGAACCUGGAGCCGAAGAAAAGCUGGCCCCUAUAGGUCAGCCAAUCAAUACUGUGGACGUUAAAAGUCUUCCAUUGCCUCCAAAGCGUGUUGCUCCAGCGUACGAGGUGCCGGCUUUUGGAGAACCUUCGAAGUACGCAGGUGUUCAACAAACCUACCAGCAGGGACAGGGUCAGCCUCAGGGCCAGAAUUACGCCCCUCGGGGCCAUUUUCCGCACGGUCAAGUACAACAGCCAGGUCAAUUUUCUCAGCAAGGUCAGCAAAUACAACCUCAAACCUAUGCUCCUCAAUCACAACCCCAACAGACCCAGUUUCCUCCACAACCUCAAUUCACCCCACCUCAAGCUCAGCUUCCUGAGGAUCCUAUGAACUCCCCGGUGGCACCUCCGGCGUACUCUGCUGGACAAGCUCCGCCUCCUCCGCCUCGACAAACAAGCUUUCAGGAACCGGCUCAGUCGCCCGGCCCAGUCGUGAAUCAGCAGAUCCCUCAAAGAAUACAACCAGCUACACCAAAUGCUGCCGCUAAUUUAGGGUCUCAACCCCAACCUCUUACUGUGGAAACUCCUGCUGCCUCAUAUUCUCUGCUGCAAAACCCCUCAUAUUCUCUACAGCUACAGGGUCAGCCCUCUUCUCAGCCUUCCUAUUCUCAGCCGUUAAGUCAGCCGGUGCAAGCCACGAAUAGCCAGCGUCAGAACGGCCAAAUUCAAGCGGCUCCUCCAUAUACCCAACCAGCUGUUGCGGCUAACUUUCUGGGCUCAAAUUUGCAUCAGCCAACUAACGUGGUGCCUGAAGAGCAGCCAGAGCAGAAACCGAAAAGACCGCUUCCAGAUCCCACGCUGUUCGCUCCUCCGCCUGUUCGCAGAGAUAGGCCAGUCACAGCUCUGGUUACCAGCAAACGGCCCUCGCAUGCCCCAUCGCAACCUCCCAUUUCCCCCACAUUUUCAGGAAGUUCAAAUAAGAGCCUGAGUAAUCCUCCUCCCCCUCCGGCCAGAACUCAGCCUUUGCCGGCGGUGUCUUUUCCUCCUCCUCCUCCGCCAUCUUACCGUGCUGCAUUAUCACCCCAAUCUUCCAGUCAACCUGCAAUUGCUUCGAAUUCUCCUUCAUAUUCACAGCAUGUAGCAAAAGACGGGCCACAAGAAGCCAACCUUGGUUCUGAGGAAACAAUCACGCAACCUGUCAAGCCGCCUAAGCCAUCGAAAAAACCGGCACAUUUAACCAAUCAAUCGACAGCAGAUUCUGCCGUCAACCCAACGCAGACAGCAGUUGAUCCAAUGCAGGCAGGUAUUAUAGGGGAACUAGCAGCUCGCAAUGACCGGCGACAUGAUGGGGCUGAAAACAAAGUCCCGACAUCAGAAAACGUUACGCCAAUCAAAACAGUGCCUGAAAAAAGAGCAAAGCCAGAAAUCAAAGCGAAAACUGAAAAACCUCCAAGUAAACCUAAACCAGAAAUCAAAGCAAAACCAGAGCUAAAACCAAAGCCAGCAAUCGAACAAAGACCAGAAAUCAAACCAGAACCAGCAACAGAACCAAAACUAGAAAUCAGGGAAGACACUUCAGUGAACAAUACAGCUUCAAAGAUUCUGCAUUCGUCUACUGUGUCAGAAUUAGAGGCUCGUUUCAAAAAAUUCGCCAUUCCUGCUGUCAGUGACGACUCGGAUUCCACUACUCGAAAGCCACCUGUGGUGAAGCCAAAGCCCACACUUCCACAAAAGCCGAAUCUUUUGAAGACUCACACCGGUAAUGUGACUCCACCGCCAGCACCACCAUCACGGAAUGGUUCUCGUGCAUCAAUGAGUCCUGCUUCAUCAGUUGCAUCGACACCCCCUCCUCCUCCACCGCCAAGAACCUACAAACGGGAAAAAGCUGCAAUUCCUUUUCCUCAGCGGUCUGUCUCAGAACCGCCAAAGUUGGACCUUGAGCUUUCGAGCGGUUGGUUUAUGAAUACUACUGGACCACUUGAGCUCCCUAAGGCAUUGACCGGCCUCAACUAUACCACCUCCUAUUCCUAUAGCCUGUUUGGUGGUAGUUCACAGCUGACUCGAACCGUUAGUAUCAGGCUCCCUGACUUGGCUAUUGUUCUGUACGAUAUCAAGUGGAACGACAAAGAUAGCUCCUCAGCACAUGUUGAAAUAUCACGAUUCUUAUCCUCUCCACUUCAAGCACCAAUCUCAACCAACGAACUCAUCCAGGCAAAUCAACAGUUUGGCGAGCACAUCGCUGCUUGGACGGAGCAUAAUAUGGGAAACAAAGUGGCUACAGGAGAAUGCUGGGAUGUGGCACAAAAGGCCCUUCAGAAAGGGUGUGGAAAUCAUGCGUUUGUUUCCACAUACUACCACCAUGGUUUCCCCAUAUUAACAGCCACUGGAUCACCAUCGGGACCAUCUUAUUCAGCUUCACCACUUGAUGAAAUAAGAAGAGGAGAUAUUCUUCAAUUCAAAUCGUGUACUUUUACAAGCUCAGCAGGAACUCAAAUUGUAGGGGACCCCGAUCACACGUCUGUGGUGCUAGAAGUUGCCUCGGGAGUAAUUCAUGUUGGUGAGCAGAAUGUCAAUGGAAAACGGUACGUAGUCAGAGGAAAGUACGUGGUUGAAAACUUGAAAAAGGGCACUUUGACCGUUUAUCGCUCCAUGCCACGGGCAUGGGGUGGAGAUUUGUAA